GUGCUUGCCACAGGACGAACGUUAAACACUGGUAAGAGUUACGGAUGUAACUCACAAGUUUAUACCGUUAAAAGUUAAAAAUAACAUAACCACAACAAUUGCUUGUAGUGUAGAUGUCUAUCUGGUUAAGUCUAAGUUAGUUCGCUGAAGGUAUCUCGCUACGAUGAAAAUUAAGCGACAGAAACAAGCUAAGAAGACACUUAGUUUCUAUAAGUACAAUUUCAGCUUCAGGGAGCCCUUUCAGAUCCUGCUGGACGGCACGUUUUGUCAGGCUGCUCUCAAAAACAAAAUUCAAAUAAAGGAGCAGAUGCCCAAGUACCUCAUGGGAGAGGUACAGCUUUGCACGACCAACUGUGUCUUGAAGGAGCUGGAAUCCCUGGGAAAGGAGCUUUAUGGAGCAAAAAUAAUCUUGCAGAGGUUUCAAAUGAGGAAUUGUUCACACCUGAAAAGCCCACUACCUGCUUCGCAGUGUUUGCAGUCCAUGCUGGAGGGAAAUAACCCACACCACUAUUUUAUUGCCUCCCAGGACCAGGAACUGACUGCAGCGGUGAAGAAGAUCCCUGGGGUCCCCCUGCUUUACAUCAUACUUAAUACCAUUGUGUUAGACAAGCCUUCCCUGUGUUCGGUGAACCACGUUCAGGCAGCGCAGGCUGGACAGCUGGUCGCACCUGACCAGCAGCAGAACAUUCUUAGUCUCAAGGAAGAAAAGGGGAUCGCAGGAAAUGUGACAGAGAAGCGGGGAAGGAAGCGUAAACGGAAGGCUGCGAACCCCAACCCGUUGAGUUGCCUGAAGAAGAAGAAGAAGCCAGGUGUACCUACCCCAAAACGGGCAGAGGGUGAGAAAAAGACACGGAGCAGACACAGGAAACGCAAACCUGCUGGCGCGACUGUACCGCAUGCAGAGUGCACACCUGUACAAAAGUGACAUUUCAAUUUAUGGAAGUUCUGCUCUUUUCUAAGACACAUCAAAUAAAAGUAAAGAUGCAUACAAAGGAGAAAGAGCAAAUGAAUUCCCCAAAAGAAUUCUGGGAAAUUAGUCCAAAUGUGUCAGCAAGAUCCUCCUUGUGUUUUGUAACUGAGUUUGAGACUUGUUUGGUCAACAUCCUUAGCAAGAACCUGCAGUGUAAACUUUUACAUAUCAGCAUCUAGCUUCACAGGGCUGUUACCAUUUCCAAGACAGCCUUAAGAUAUUGUUCCUAAGAUGACUGUUCCUGUAAAUGUAAUUUGUCAUUAAACAGUGCAACAUUUGUACAAGUAAUGAGAUAUCAGUUGUAACAUUUAUAGUCAACUCUUUGCAGGUAGAUUCCCAAACUUUUGGCAGUUAAUUAGAAUUAUACUUCCAUAGCUUUUUCCUGUGAUUGACAAACUCCUGAAAAUUGUCAUCAGCCUCUACCAAGUACUUACAGGUAAACCCACACAUAAGACCACAGCUUUGCAUAUGAACCAAUAAUUUGCUACUGAACAUUUAUGAAAAUAAACUGAAUCACUACCUCAAGCAGCAUUACUCCAUUGAACAUUCAAAAACAUACAACAGACCAAUUAUGUGUAUUCCUUAGUUUUAUUAGAAAAGUUAUACAUAACACAGCUGCUAGGUGUAGAACUAGAGGCAUGGAAAUCCACCAAAAACAGUUCCUUGACACAAUGAAUAAUGUUGAAGUACAAUGGUAUCUACAACUUUUUUUUUUU